AUGUCAAAAAAACAAGAGGAACGACAACCAAAAAUUAUUCGCGAACUUUUAAAAAAGCCCGAAAAUAAAAAAUGUUUUGAUUGUCCUUCCAAGGGACCUGCAUAUGUCAAUCUUUUUAAUGAUACUUUUAUUUGUUCUAAAUGCUCGGGUUUACAUCGUGAAUUUAAUCAUCGUGUCAAAUCGAUAACCGCAUCAAUAUUUACUCCAGCCGAACUUGAAUCUUUAAAAAAUGGCGGCAAUGCUAAAGCUGCAGAAAUUUGGCUGGCGAAAUUUAAAUGGAUGGAUUUUCCUGAAUCCGAUAAUGAUGAUAUAGAAUCAAUUCGUAAUUUUAUGUCAAUGAAAUAUGAAGAAAAAAAAUGGUUGGAUGAAUCACUUUUGAAAGCAAAAAAUAAGAAACCAUCAAACAGUGAAUAUUAUGAGAGUAAAGGAACUUUUACCAUUAACCCUCCAGCAUUGAAUAAUAAAUUUAAUAAUAGUAGUGGUAAUUUAAGUGAUGAUUCUUCAAGUCAAAAUUCUAGUUUAAAUGAUUAUUCACCUGUUUCACCCACAAGCAGAAAAUCAUCUUCAUCCAUCAGUGACUUGUCAGAUAAUAAUACAAACUAUUUAAAAUAUUCCUCUGAUUCAUCUUUUAACGACUCAAAUGAACUUGAUGAUUUUUUCGAUACUUUGAAUAAUUCUUCAAAUCAACAACCUGUUACAAAAAGAAACAAUAUAUAUCCAGAACCUAAUAAAUCAUCACCAUCAUACACCAAUAAUACUAAUACUAUCACCAAUUCUUUUUUCACCCAAAAAAAUCUCUUGGAGAAUCGUCGUCCAUCAAAUUUACAUUCAAAACGUUCAAUUAACAAUAGUAGCAUAAAUGAUCCUUUCAGUAAUCUUUUGCCACCAACUAAAUCUGAAACAUCACGAAGAUUCUCACCUCAAAAAUUAGAUGAUAAUGAUAUUUUCAGUGAUUUCCAAACUGCUCCUGAUAAUAAUAAUUCACAGCAAACAAUCCAUUCAACGAAUUUAAAUUCUUACAGCAACACAUUUCCAAAUGGUUCUUCAAACGUUAAUAAAACAACAUCGAUAAAUCAAUUUAAUAAUAAUUUUGGUAACUUAUAUCAAGCACAACAAAAAUAUUCAUUCUUCCCUUCGUCUACUAUCACUAAUACUUCUAUAUCAAAUACAGAUAUGAAUUUAUUGCAGCAAAAACAAUUUAAUUACUCAAAGAGCAUGUCUUUUGAUAAUGUGUUUAGUGAUUUAGAUCCAUUACGUAAUAAAUAA